UUUAAAAUAGACAAAGUGUGUGAUUUUCACAGUACGGUUUUAGAACGCCAACAAAGCACACAGCUCGCAAAGAAACGGAAUAGUAAAAUAACGCGUUUAAAACGUUUAAAGGACUACAGUGAAAAAUAUAUAAAAAGGAUAUAAAUAGCACAAACAAAUACAAGAAAAAUGCCAUUGAAGAAGAAGGACGAAUAUAUACCCAUCAAGUGUGAGGGUUGGAAUGGCAAAUUCGUGUACAGUAACGGUGCGGCGAAUAAUGUUUCGAAAGUGCGUCGACACAAUCAAAAUGUCACCGACACCUCCAACUUCUAUGGCUACAGCACUGAGCCGAUCAUUCUGCCCGUGAGCUGGGACGGCACAUUUGCCAAGAGUGGCGAGACACGCAUACAACCAGAACGCAAUCGUUCCGACGAUACGGAAUACUUUCAGUACAAUACGGAACCCACCGUGUUGCCAACACAAUGGAAUGGCGAAUUCCAGCUCGAUCCCAAUGAUAUACGCAUCAAACCCGAGCGCAAUCACUCGGAUCCACGUGACUAUGCGGAGGCCAGCCGUUUCAAGCGUGUCAGUUAAACGCAUGCAGCCAUAGCUUGAAGCAUGUGGUGGUUCGAGGCAUUCAGCACUGAAACUGUUUUAAGUUUUUUUCUUUUACUAACAACGUGAUUUUUUGAAUUACUAAGCAUUAUUACACAGUUUUGCGCAACGUGGCUUGUUACUUAAAAGCGUGGCGACACACAUAUGUGUAACUUUUUGAA